AUGGGAGGGACGAGGUUUAUCGGCUGCUACUUGGUGGCGAAGCUCCGUGAGCUCGGACAUCAAGUGGUGGUCUGCAACCGUGGAAAGACAAAUGGUGGCCUUCCAGAACGACUGCCGGGGAUUGGCGAUGCCCAGUACCAGCAGAUGCUCGAGGGUGUGACGGUGCUGCAAGCAGACCGAAAGAACCCGGAUCAGCUGAAGGCGGCGGUGUCUUCAGCGGGAAAAUUCGACGUGGUAUUUGACAACAACGUGCGGAAGCUCGAGGACAUUCAGCCACUGGUGCAGGGCCUCCAGGCAAGCGGCGGCUGUGAGCAGUUCAUCAUCAUGAGCAGCGCCGGGGUGUAUGGGCCGACGGACGUCUUGCCGCUCAGCGAGUCUACGCCGGGGGAUCCCAACUCUCGUCACAAGGACAAGCUGGCCUGCGAGAAUUUCCUGGACUCCAUGGGCCUGAACUGGACCUCCAUACGGCCGGUCUACAUCUACGGCCCUCUAAACUACAAUCCUGUGGAGCGGUACUUCUUCGACCGCGUCACACGUGGACGACCGGUCUGCGUACCUUAUGGUGGCAAGUACAUCACACAGCUCGGCCACUGCGAAGAUUUGGCAGAUUUCAUGGCGAAGUGCGUGGGCAAUGGUGCGGUGGCCCGCCAAGUGUACAACAUCUCCAGCCAGGAGUAUGUCACCUUCGACGGUAUGGCCAAGCUUUGCUCUGAAGCAGCCGGAAUGGGGCAGCCGACGAUUGUCCACUACGACCCGAAGACGAUCGAGGUGCCUGAUGGCUUUCCGAAAGCUUUCCCAUUUCGCGGAAUGCAUUUCUUUGCUUCGAUCGAGAAGGCCAAGAAGCACAUGCCGUCAUGGAAGCCCAAGUACAGCAUGUUUCAGGGGCUGAAAAGCUCCUAUGAGCAGGACUACCUGGCGAGGGGUUUCGACAAGAAGGAUCCUGAUUUCCGGACAGACGAUCUGAUUUUGCAGAAGGUGGGUGCUCCAGCAUCUGGUGGCUCUGUCAGCUCUUCCGGGACAUCAGGUAUGUCACCUGGAGCGCUGAAGUACUCCAGUGGCUUCGAGUACGCCUACCAGCGCAAUUCUUAUGCAGACCUGGAGUUCGGAAACGAUGUUGGGUAUCUACCAGAUGGAACAGCUCUGAACACAGCCGGCAACUGCCUCAACCACCCAGAGACCAUUCAGCCCGAUCGUCACACCCCUGGGUCCCCGCUCCCGCGUGCACACUUCCACAACGAUGUGGGCUACUUGCCCGAUGGAACCCCGCUCAACAAAGCUGGCAAUGCCAUCAACCAUCCUGAAAACAUCCAGCCAGACCUUCAUGUACCGGGCUCGCCGCUUCCGGCGUCGGGGUUCUCUGCAGACGUCGGCUAUUUCGUUGACGGAACACCUGUGGAGUUCGCUGGCAACAACUUCCGCGCAGACAAUGCGGUUUCGCCGAAGGCACAUUGGGCUUGCUGGCGCAUGCUUGUCCUAGUCAUUCUAGUGCGACCCCGAAGCGUACUGAACAUGUAUGCACUGCAGCUGGACUUUUGCAAGCGUUUGAGUGCUGCAACAAAAGCGGCCGCGCCAGCAUCUGGUGGCUCUGUCAGCUCUUCCGGGACAUCAGGUUCAGCACCUGUUGCAAUGAACGGCACGCUAAAGUACUCCAGUGGCUUCGAGUACGCCUACCAGCGCAAUUCUUAUGCAGACCUGGAGUUCGGAAACGAUGUUGGGUAUCUACCAGAUGGAACAGCUCUCAACACAGCCGGCAACUGCCUCAACCACCCAGAGACCAUUCAGCCCGAUCGUCACACCCCUGGGUCUCCGCUCCCGCGUGCACACUUCCACAACGAUGUGGGCUACUUGCCCGAUGGAACCCCGCUCAACAAAGCUGGCAAUGCCAUCAACCAUCCUGAAAACAUCCAGCCAGACCUUCAUGUACCGGGCUCGCCGCUUCCGGCGUCGGGGUUCUCUGCAGACGUCGGCUAUUUCGUUGACGGAACACCUGUGGAGAAGGCUGGUAACAAUUCUGUUCCACGAUGA